CUCCAACUGAAAUGAAAUUCUCCACCCAAAUCCAUCCAGUCGUGCGCAGUAUCCUCCUGAGACAGGAGCUUAAGUUUUUUCCCAGAAUCUGGAAUCCACUUUCGAUUUCCGUUAGAACAUCGGGAGGAUGGAAAUGUCGGUUUUUAGCGGGCAAGAAGAAGGCCGAGGAAUGGCUGAUAUAAUUUCGUUGGAAAACGGCGUCUACGUUGUCGCUGCUUUGAAUGUGAAAUGACUCCAACCACGCGGCUUAUCGGGGCGGGAAUUCUUGGAGUCUACACCGUUCCAAUGAUGUACUUGCAUGGCAGGCUGUAUGCCGCAGUAGAAACGAAAGACGAGGAAUUUAUGACAACCUGGCUUCAAAUUCAAUCCGUCCUCCUCAUAUUCCGCGGCAUCGGCUACUCCACCACCCAACCGGCGCUCCUCCUCCCCGAAUUGGUCCAACUUUGGAUGGUUCACUCGUACCAAACGCAGUUGGAAAUCACAAAGCUGCAACAAAUCCGGACAAGCUCCUCUCCCGUUCCGAAGCAGAAGGUUCUUGGAUAUAAUCCAUAUGGAGUUGCAGCAGAAUUGUGGAAAAGUCAUAUGAAAUAAGAUGUCCCAUUUUUCUUUCAUGGUUUCGUCAGUUCAAUUAAUAAAUUUUGACAUGUAUUCUUCACUUUUGUGGAAUUCUUUUCUUUCGGAAAAUUCAAUCAGUAGGGGUAAGCAUUGUGCGUUGUGGGAUAUAAUUGGUUUUUAUCGUGUAGUA